CACACACACACACACACUAAACUCAGUAUCCUGUGAUAGAACCACUAUCAGCACCUGACACCUCGAAAACAGGAAAAACGUUUCAGCAGGAACACAGAUGUGUUGAACUGUUUGGGGGAGGAGCCUGAUAACUAUAUAGCCCUGUGUACAGAAAGCCCAGCCUCAGUCUGCUGACGAACCAGAGGCACCAUGUCGUACUAUGAGCACAUCUUCUUCAAUGAAGACGACUUAAAUGACACAGGUUUGGGUUCUGGUUCUGGCGAGGUCGGGGGGGAUCUGGAGGAACCCUGUGAGGUGGAGUAUGUGAAGACCACUGAGCUGCUGCAGAUCUUCCUGCCGGUGGUGUACUCCAUCAUCUUCAUCCUGGGCAUCACAGGCAACGGGCUUGUUGUCGUGGUGCUGGGCUGCCAGCGCAGGUCAAAGUGCAGCCUCACGGACCGGUACCGCCUGCACCUCUCCGCUGCCGACCUCCUCUUCGUCCUGGCCCUGCCGUUCUGGGCUGUGGACGCGGCCCUGGGCGACUGGCGCUUCGGGAAGGUGGCCUGCAUCAGCGUCCAAGUCAUCUACACGGUCAACCUCUACGGCAGCGUGCUCAUCCUGGCGUUCAUCAGCCUUGACCGGUACCUGGCGGUGGUCCGGGCCACAGACACCAACACCGGCGGGCUGCGGCAGCUGCUGGCCCAUAGGCUGGUGUAUGUAGGUGCCUGGUUGCCCGCGGGCCUGCUGGCGGUGCCAGACCUAAUAUUUGCCAGGACCCAGGAAAGAGGCGAGGGGGCCAUGCUGUGCCAGCGCUUAUACCCAGCACACAGCGCUACUCUCUGGGUCGCAGUCUUCCAUCUGCAGCUGGUCGUGGUGGGCCUGGUGAUCCCCGGCAUCGUCCUGCUGGUGUGCUACUGCGUCAUCGUGACCCGGCUGACCCGGGGCCCGCUGGGGGGCCAGAGGCAGAAGCGGCGAGCCGUCCGGACCACCAUCGCCCUGGUGCUGUGCUUCUUCGUGUGCUGGCUGCCCUACGGGGUGGGCAUCUCCGUGGACGCCCUGCUGCGCCUGGACGUCCUGCCGCGCAGCUGCCGGCUGGAGGCCGUUCUCAGCAUGUGGCUGGUCGUGGCCGAGCCCAUGGCGUUCGCACACUGCUGCCUUAACCCGCUGCUGUACGCCUUCCUCGGGGCCGGGUUCAAGAGUUCAGCCCGCAGAGCCCUCACUCUCAGCCGAGCCUCCAGCCUGAAGAUCUUACCACGGAGACGAGCGGGGGCCUCCACCGCCACAGAGUCCGAGUCGUCUAGUUUGCAUUCCAGCUAGUGUUUGCCUUUAUUAGUGCACGUGUGUAUAUUGUGUGUUUAUCUGUAUGUGUGAGAAGAAAAGAGCAGAGUGCUGGUCCACGACUCCUCUUUAGCCUUACUGUGGGAUUUUUUGUGUAAAUUUUGUUUGCGAGCAACUGUGAUUGUUUUUUGUACAUAUUUGUAAUAAAACAAACAAGCACAACA